CUGAAAUCGUUAACCACUGUGACACUCCAACAUGUUUCACGCACGGAAAGCUCUCUUAUCCACUACUAAAAAUCUGGAAAGAUUUUUAAGUACUCAUGGAAAUCACUUGGAGAUAAACUUUGAAAAUAAAGUUCUCAAAUAUAAUUACAUAUGGCUAAGGGAUCAUUGCAGGUGUGAGAAAUGUUAUAAUCGAAAGACCUUCCAAAUAGCUUCUGAUAUUAACGAAAUUGCACUGGACAUAAAGCCGACCGACUGCCAGAAAUCCGGAGACAAUUUAAAGAUAAAAUGGCAAGAUGGACACGAGACGGUGUAUUCGCUACCAUGGCUUCAAAGUUUAGAAUUCGGAGACAAAAGUAGCAAAAAGCAGACGGUACUUUGGAAUAAGAACAGCGUAGGAAAUUUCAGUGAUUCUAAAGUGGAAGCAAAUGAGAUUUUGAGAAAGGAUAAUAUUGGAGUCACUAAAUUGCUGAGUAGCAUUUUGAAAUAUGGGUUUGGAUUUGUAACUGGGGCUAAUAGUACGUUGGAAUCAACGGAAGAGAUUGCAAAACGCGUUGCAUUCGUAGAGAAAACAAUGUUUGGCGAGAUGUGGGAGGUUUCGACCGAUUACAAAUACAAUGACACUGCUUAUACGAGCAUUCCUCUCGGUGUUCAUACUGAUAACACAUACUUUACAGAAGCAUCCGGGUUGCAAAUAUUCCAUAUAUUAUCUCAUGACGGCGAAGGAGGUGAAACCAUCCUAGUUGAUGGAUUCAACGCUGCGAAAAAUCUGGAGCUUCAGCAUAAAGAAUGCUACGAUUUUUUGUGCAACAACCCAAUAGAAUCGGAGUAUAUCGAUAAGGAUAUUCAUUACAAUUCUAUUGAACCUGUGUUGAAAGUCCAUCCAUACACUAAAGAACUAUACCAAAUUAGGUAUAACAUAUACGAUCGCGCUAAUCUUACGACGAUCAAUUAUGAAGAUAUUCAACAGUUCUACAAGUCAUAUAAAUUGUUAGGUAUGGAAUUGAAUAGCACUGAGAAUCAGUGGAUAUUCAAAUUACAGCCAGGAACUAUAGUUUUCAUCGAUAACUGGAGAGUGCUUCAUGGCAGGACGUCUUUCACAGGAUUGAGAAGAUUAACUGGUUGUUACAUUGGUCGUGGACCAUGGCUCAGUAAAGCAAAAGCCAUGGGUUGUAAAAUUUAUUAAA